UUCUAAUUGACCCAAAAUGCCGCGAACACGGUCGACUGCGCCCGCUAAACAAACGGAGUCCGACGAACCUUCGCAGACCCAGGCAACCUCUCCUCCCGAACCACCCAGCAAAACCUUCAUUCUCCCAUCCUCCGCCAGCGACGAUGCCCGGUUUAUCAUGCUGCCCAACCCGCGGACAGCGGAACUCAAUCGCUACUUUUUCUGCCCGAAAUUGGGCAUGUACGAGUUCACCGUGAUCCGAUCGACCCCACAAGCGCCGCGGAGUUUCCUAUUCACGCAGAAAUCCGAACAGACGACGAAAGGAACGAUCGCAAAAGCGGCGGAGUUGGCGGUCGCGACACCGAUUGACAUGAUGUUCUUCGUGAUUCCCUUGCUGGCACCCACCUCGUCUUCCCAGACGAAGGGGCUCUUCCAGCCCUUGGACGACAUCAUCGACUCGCAGGACGAGCUCCCCAAGCACCUCCGCCAGGUGUUUUACAACGAUCUCUUCAGACCCGUGCUCGAGAGUCGCGCAGAGGCUAUUUGCGACUCGGUGGAGGCUGGGGAUGAGAAGAUGCUUCGGUUUAACGAGACCAAGCUCCUCAAGGAGCUGAUCGUCAAGGCCGAACGGAUGGUCGCCCAGGGACUCCCGGCUAGUCUGGAAGAGCGCUUCAUCCGCCAAGCGUUGGCUACGCCGUUGAUGUCCGUCAAGCGGGAGGAUGCCUCUACUAAUGCCGCGUCAACGCGCAACGGCGGAGAAGGAGGAGAAGAGCAGGAUCCCAAAGACACGCCGUCUGCGACGACGGCCACAGACUCGCCCUCCGAUACCACUCCAUCAACUCCGGCAACCGAGCAACUCCCUGAUAGCUCCACCCCCGACAACAUGGCACAUCUCCUACGCCUCUCAACAGCCCUGUCCUUCAUGAAAGACUCCUACCUACCCAAAGCCCUCUGCGCCAGGAUCGACGAGCUACUAGGAUCAUCAGAUACCCCUCUAGACUUCAAUCCCCUGCAAGAACACCUCAAGCAAUUAGUCAGUCUCCGCAAGGAGGCCCUCGCGUCGCGGUCAGCGGGAGAUUUCACCCGCAAGCGCAGCGCCGACGACGACGACGACGCGGCCGAGUCCCGGGCCGAGACGAAGCGCCGCAAAGAGGAAGAAGAGAAGAAAAAGAAAGCCACGGUAUCGCGCGGCGUCAAGGACCUGAAAAAGGUUGACACGUCCGGCAUGAAGAAGAUGAGCGAUUUCUUUACCAGGUCGGCUGCUGCGAAGAAGAAGACUUGAGUGCGUCUCUGUUCGACUACCGCUAGAGCAAACACCCGAGCGGCCCCAGUACUCGCGCGCUACGAGUCGUGUGCGCACGGAAUCAACGGGCUUUUGAUGCAAAAGAGAAUAUGACGCCCCAGACUGUCGGGUGCACCCGUGCAACCUGCCCAUCAUGUCGGGUCCAUAACAUAUACAGGCCUGAUCCAAGCCACUUGAAUGCCAUUUCAGCCAGGAUACCAGCCAGGGGCUUUAUCAACCCGACAGGAAGGAGUCGAAUACCCGCCAGAAAUACUUUCAUGACUAGGCUGGGUCUGACACGCAACACCUGGGAUACGACCUGUACAUAUUGUAUAGAUAGAUCCAGGGUCAAAAGGGCAGUCC